UUUACUGUUAAAAAACCCACCAGCAGGGCGACACAGCGGAGCGGAGCCGAGAGGAGAGCAGAGUUUGCCGAAUACAUGAGACGGUGUGUCCCGGCGUCGGAAAUUAUCACCCACCAUUCUGGGAUUUACAUUUGCAACCAGACAAGUGGCUGCAGGUUGAAGCUGCCUCUUCGCCUUUCUGUGAGCAGAGCAACCCAGACACGACAUUAACAGGAGCGGCCGGCUGCAGCCUAGCUGAAGAUGUCUGAUAAUGGGGAGGUCGAGGACAAGCCCCCAGCUCCACCCAUGAGGAACAUCAGCACCAUGAUUGGCUCCAGCAACAAAGACCCCGUCCCCCUCAACCACGGCUCCAAGCCCCUCCCACCAAACCCGGAGGACAAGAAGAAGAAAGACCGCUCGAUCCGAUUCAUCCUGACCGGAGGAGGCGAUAAAACCUACAAGAAGAAGGAGCGUCCAGAGAUUUCUCUGCCGUCUGAUUUUGAACACACCAUCCAUGUCGGCUUUGACGCUGUUACCGGGGAGUUUACUGGCAUGCCGGAGCAGUGGGCCCGGCUCCUACAGACGUCCAACAUCACCAAGCUGGAGCAGAAGAAGAAUCCUCAGGCCGUCCUCGAUGUUUUAAAGUUCUACGACUCAAAAGAAACAACUAACAGCCAGAAAUACAUGAGCUUCACAGAUAAAAACACAGACGCCUACAGCUCCUCCACCACAACGAGCUCCAAGGCCGUGUCGGAGACGCCAGCCAUAGCAACCGUAUCCGAGGACGAGGAUGAAGACGAGGCUGAGCCCCCGCCGGUGAUCGCCCCCCGACCAGAACACACCAAAUCAAUAUACACCCGCUCAGUGAUUGAGCCCCUCCCUCCUCCUCCGACCAAAGAUGCCGCGACCUCCCCCAUCUCCCUGCCGACGGCCGCUGCCGCUGCUGUCACCCCCACCGCCCCUGCAGAAGGAGCUCCCAGCAGCCCUCCCAGUGCAAGCCCAGCCCCUGGACCUUCUGUGCCCCGCCCCCAGGACAAAACCAGAAAGAAGAAGAUGUCGGACGAGGAAAUCCUGGAGAAACUACGGACGAUUGUAAGUGUGGGAGACCCCAAGAAGAAAUACACACGCUUUGAGAAGAUCGGGCAGGGAGCGUCUGGGACUGUGUACACAGCUAUAGACAUCGCCACAGGACAGGAGGUUGCCAUUAAACAGAUGAACCUGCAGCAGCAGCCGAAGAAGGAGCUGAUCAUCAAUGAGAUUCUGGUGAUGAGGGAAAAUAAGAACCCAAACAUAGUCAACUACCUGGACAGUUACCUGGUGGGUGACGAGCUGUGGGUGGUGAUGGAGUACCUGGCUGGAGGUUCGUUGACCGACGUCGUCACGGAAACAUGCAUGGAUGAAGCUCAGAUAGCUGCGGUGUGCAGAGAGUGUCUGCAGGCGUUGGAGUUCCUCCAUUCGAACCAGGUCAUCCAUCGAGACAUCAAGAGUGACAACAUCCUGCUGGGCAUGGACGGCUCCGUCAAACUCACUGACUUUGGGUUCUGCGCCCAGAUCACCCCGGAGCAGAGUAAACGCAGCACCAUGGUCGGGACGCCGUACUGGAUGGCUCCAGAGGUCGUGACCCGUAAAGCCUACGGCCCCAAAGUGGACAUCUGGUCCCUGGGCAUCAUGGCCAUAGAGAUGGUGGAGGGGGAGCCACCAUACCUGAAUGAAAACCCACUCAGGGCGCUGUAUCUCAUAGCAACCAACGGGACGCCAGAGCUGCAGAACCCGGAGAAACUGUCGACGACGUUCAGAGACUUCCUGAACCGAUGUCUGGAGAUGGAUGUGGAGAAGAGAGGGUCGGCUAAAGAGCUGCUGCAGCAUCAGUUUCUAAAGAUGGCGAAGCCUCUCUCCAGUCUGACUCCUCUCAUUGUGGCUGCCAAGGAGGCUGCCAAGAACAACCGCUAGCUAGCUUUGCACUCAUUACUUCGUAUGUCUAUCCCUCUCUCUCUCUCUCUCUCUCUCUCUCUCUCUCUCUCUCUCUCUCUCUCUCUCUCUCUCUCUCUCUCUGUCCUCCAUCCCUCCAUCCUCUAUCUUCUCUUUUGUUUUGGUAGUUGGGAGGGCAGCGAUGAUGGCUGCUGGCGAGGUUUGAAUGCCUUUAAUGUGGCUCUCCCUUCUUCUUCUUCUUCUUCUUCUUCUUUUUUUUUUUUUUUACGUGCACCACCUGCUCCUUCGACACUCCACUGGACUCGGACAGGAAGACAGGGAGCUGACCGAAUGACAUCACUGGUCAAUCCGUAAUCAAGUGACGUCAUCGCUGACAUCACCGCCCUCCUCAGCCAGUACGAACAUCCCAAUAUGAGAGGGAGAGAGUGUUUCAACAGAGCCCAAAGACUCAUGGGAGUUUGUUUUUUUAAAUCAAUGUUUGUUUGUUUGUUUGUUUUCUACCUUGUCUGUAAAAGUCCCGGACCACCCUCUGCUGCAGACUGUGUUUAUGUGUGUGUGUUAGCCUAGCUUCAGUCAGACUUAUUUCAUCAUCUUCGAUCUAAAAGUGCAUUAGUUGAUUUUCAGUUUAUCAGUCCUUUAAAAUCAACUGUUCUGCGUGUGUGUGUGUGUGUGUGUUGUUGGGAUAUUGAUUAAGUUGAUUCUGUUGUUUCUGACACGGAGCAGGUGAGGUUUGGUACUUUGUCGUGUCUGCAGUGUGAGCUGUGAGUUAGAGAUUAUUAAUAUUAAUUAUAAUGAGGAGAGACGGGCGCGCCCAGAGCCAUCGAUGGACUGAGUUCAGACGUAAGCAGCCAUUUUGGCUCACUGAGGGGUUUCUGUGAGGACCAGUUAACAUUUUCUUUUUCUCUAGACGAUACGGGUACCUGCAGGGCUCAAAAUGAGGUCAUUAAACGGCAGAGAAACUGGAUCUUGAUAGAGGAGAGAUUGGAGAAAAGUACAGACUAUAAAUAUCCCUCUGCACUCCGAUAACAUUGUCAGACUUGACAGACUGUAAAAAAAAAAAAAGAAUCAAAAUCCAUACAGCAGAACCAGAGAUAUUGUGUUUUUUAUUUAAGUUAAUCACGGUGAACAUGAAGCUGUAAUUUCUUUUGGUCUGACUUGUUUUCUUCUAAUUUAACAUUUUCUCAUUAGAGCUGUUACGCUCCACUACCUGCCUGUCAUCUGACUGCAACAAAAAGUCGUUUUCUCCAAAUUUUCUCCAAAUAGAAGCUUUAUUGUCUCAUCCUUGUCUUAAAAAGACUGACGUAGGCAGUAGUAAAUCAGCUCUAGCUACAAACAGCGCAGAGCAAGAAGAGACGGGACUUAGGAAGGGUCAAUUGUUAGCACCAAGUUUAACAAUGAAAGCUAAGAGAAAGUCUUCAGUCUCUACUGAGCAAAGUCAACAUUUAAACAAAAGCAUCUCUGAUUUUCUACUAAAUCCAAAAUCAGAAUCAUUAUCAGGAUAGUCCUCAGAAAUCAACUGAACUCGCUCCAUCUGCGGCUCUGGGACGUCUGUGGAGUCGACACUGAGACUGUGAGGGAGAGAAUGUGCAUGUCAACAACCUUUUUUUACUCGGUACGUUCAAGAUGAAACAGUAAGUAAGUUGUGAUAAUGCUGAAACAUAAAGUGACGAUACAUGAAGGAUGCUUGUGUACGAUAGGAAAGAUCAUAUCUUAAUCCUAUUUUCAGAAGAAUAAAUGCUGCGAUGGUACAAUGUUGUUUUUUUUCUCCUGCUGGUGGACUGUUGGAUCCCCAGGAACCCUCUGAACAGAAGGUGUAUAUUUUACGUGCAAAAAAGAAGAAAAAACUGCAUUGACAAAAAAAACAAUGUUUUAGCCUUUGUUUACGGACUCACAGUUUUUUAUAAUUGAUCAAUGUCAGAAAAUGAAUUCACCACCUGUUUUUAAUUUGAGUAUUUGUUUGGGAAUUUUUAAAAUUUUCUUCCUGUAACUGAUCGGUCACAGGUUCAAAUCCUGCAAGAGCCAAAGUUUCCAUCAACAGCCACGGUUGUUCACUCUGCAUUUGACCUGCAAUGUAAAUAUCAACUAAACAUUUCCAAAACAUCUGUUGAAAACCAUCACUUUGAUUUCUGCUCUUCGUUGUUUUUAUUGUUUCUUUUUAAUGUAGUGUUACUGUACCUCUGGCCUUAAACUGUUUCAAAGGUGCAAGACUACUUUAGUACCAGUCUGAUGGCAACGAUACACCGGCAACAUUUUGAGGCAACAAUUAAAAGUUAUGAACACUUCAGGGCAGGAAUCACAGUUCCCCAGAGCCCGAGGUGAUGUCUUUAAAUGUUGUGCAACCAACACUCCAUACCCAAAGAUAUACAGUUUAUAAUGAUACAAAAUAAUAAAAGCAGAAUGAUUGGCAUUGAAACAUUGGGAUGUAAACAAUUAAUCAAUCAUCAAAAUACUUGCAGAUUAAUUUUAUAAUCCCUAAUUGUUGCAGCACUGCAAGGGAUUGCCAAAUUUAGCAGUAUUCGUGAUCGAGCCUGUUUACACUGGCUGCAGUACGGAGGAUAAAAGCUGUAAAAACUGUAUCUUGUAUAAACUGCCUGAAACUGUUGCCACUGUGUGUUUGUGUCCUGGUCUGAACCCCCGGCACAGAGCUGGACUUAAAGGACUAUUCUGUGAUUUUCCAUUUGAUUUUCUUUGAGAUCACUCUGUGGAAGAACUGACCCUCCCUAAGCCCCGCCCCUUUUUGGCUCUGUUCUCCAUCAGCUGAGCAAGCCUCAGUCAAAACCUCGGUCAACUUUCUUGUACUUUGAUAAUGUGCUAGGCUAAUGUUGAAAAGACAACCACAUUUUAUAGAUGGUUAAAGGAUAAAAGCCACAAGUCACAUCUUAACUCAGUUAAUGUUAGUAAAACGCUAGCUAACUAGAUCCAUUAUAUGUACUGUCGAUACUGAAGAAGGCUUGCUCAACUGUUUGGAGAACAGAGAAAAAAGUGGCGGGACUCAGGAAGUGCCAGUUGUCUGAGGUUUGUCAAUAAACACUAAUCAAGAGAGAAAGUAACACUGAGCAAUCUGAGCGUAUUCUCACAUGUUUCAAUGAAAAACCACAAGAAUGCUACUUUAAAAGAUCCUUUAAUGUCUGGUAAUGUGUUUACCAGUUACUGUCAUAUUAAUCUGACAGUGAAAAUGUUGUAUGCUGAUGUGAUGGAUCAGAACAAACAGUAUUUAUGAUUAAUUAUCUAGUUUGUUUAACCUAAUGAGACGAGUUUUACAAUGUUAUGUUGGAUACAUUUGUUAAUUAAGGAGCUACUUAGUCAUCUCUUAUUUCAAGUAGUCUGAACUCUAUGAAAACAGCAUAGAAGAAUUAUAUAACAUAAGAUAGAUUAAUUUAAUUAAUUUUGAAUGCUAUCUACAUUCACUUCCUCAUUUAAUCCAUUUGCUUCAGUUGUGUUCAGUGUAUAAAUCCAGUAGUUUUUUCUUUGUAACAGCUUGUUUACAAUGCCCACUCUACUACCCACUCUUCAGGGCAGAGGCAGAUUCAUGAUUAGCAGUCACCUAAUGACGGGCCAUCACAUACCCAAUACUCUUAGUGCGGAUAAAACCACACUUUUAGAGCUUGUUUAGUUCAGCCGACAUACACCAGACAGCAGGGGCAUUUCAUUAAACAUAAUGUGAAAGCUACUGCAGUUUACAAAAGACUGGAUUCUGAAUUUCCUUCCGUGCGUGGGUCCAUAAACAUCAAGUUUCCAUAACCUUUAGUUCAUAUGAAAGUUCGGCUACAAACAACACAGCUGAGUACGAGGUUGCUCUAUGUAGGAGGGUUGUCUGUGCUCAGGGGCCCCUGAUCCGUCCAUGAUCCUUUGUCACCUUAUUUUUAAACCUCCCAAUAGAAAGUACAGUUCUCUAAAUAAAAUCACAAGGAAAAUCUGAUGACCAUCACAUCCAGCCUUGAUAAUUCAACAAACAGCCUGCUGCUGACUUAUACAAACACUGCUGGAUCUUAGAACAAGUUGAAUACUAUGAGUUACUAACAAAAACAUUUUACUGUAUAAAGUGACCAUCAACAAGCAGGACACAGUUCUCUUUGCAGCUUCACGGGGGAUUCAGACUUAGCCCAAGGUCUAAAAGGGGACUUGGUUCAGUCCAGAAUGAGAGGGUCAAUGUAGUCUUCACUCCCCAGUGUAUCAGAGCCAUAAUUUAUCUGUUUAUAAGUCAUUUUGAUUAUUUGAGAAAAAUAAAAAGAAUAAAACUGUUCAAAAACUGAA